AGGAUGAAUAAGAGAUACUUACAGAAAGCAACAAAAGGAAAACUGCUAAUAAUAAUAUUUGUUGUAACGCUGUGGGGGAAAUUAGCAUCUGGGGCAAAUCAUCAUAAAGCUCACCAUGUUAAAACUGGGACCUGCGAAGUGGUGGCACUCCACAGAUGUUGCAAUAAGAACAAGAUAGAAGAAAGAUCACAGACGGUGAAGUGCUCCUGCUUCCCUGGGCAGGUAGCAGGUACCACCCGGGCAGCUCCUUCUUGUGUUGAUGCUUCAAUAGUGGAGCAGAAAUGGUGGUGCCACAUGCAACCAUGUCUUGAAGGGGAGGAAUGUAAAGUUCUUCCAGAUCGUAAGGGAUGGAGCUGUUCCUCUGGGAAUAAAGUGAAAACAACUAGGGGAUAUUUUCACCACAGAGUUGUAGAGCUUGAUGGGGAGGAGCAGAUAGGCCUAAAGAUUAUGAUUUUACUGAGUUUCUUUGUGACUGAAGAGAACACAUUUACACUUCCAAACAGCCAUGUAACUGGGCAGUCAUGUAACCCGAUAGCUAAAGACAAAUCAAGUCGGUCUCUAGGCUGA